CCGAGAGUACAUCACAUUCCCAUUAGUGUUGAGCCCAGAAACGGGUCCACGAGUUCUGGUUAUACCUCUGAAUCCAAUGGUCCGAAUCCUCAACCGUUGAGUCGUUCGUCGAGUCAUUCGAGUGCCAACAGCGCCAGCACUGGACACACGAAGACUGAGAACCGUUCGCCCAGUCCUGCGAAGAGCGUGUCGUCGGAGCACUCGAACGCUUCAACUGAUGGCAAACCGCGUGUCCAUCAGAUCGGAGUCACAAUAGAAACCAACGCAAAGCCCAAUGGGAAUGGUUUGUCACAAACCACUGACUCCUCAAAGAAACAAAAGUCCGGUCCUUUUGUGACACGAAUACCAGUCACACAACCGACUGAAACCCUAUCCGACUCUCAGUCCACCGACAAAUGUGACCAAAAGAUUGUCGUCAAAGUGAAUCCAUUGGAAUCGAUUCACAACACCUUAAGUGAUCUCAAGAAGUAUGAGUUGGAAGUGAAUGGAUUUAAUGGAACGGCUAAUGACAAGAAGUAUAAAUAUUUGGAUGAGAUGUUGACGCGAUGUAUGAUUAAGUUGGACACCAUUGAGACCGACGGCAACGAAGAAGUGAGAAAAGCUCGUAAAGGAGCCGUCAUUGCU